CAUGCAUGUCAUCACGCACGAUUGUGCAUCGGAGAAAAGACCCUUCCAAUGGAUCGUGCCGAUGCGGUGUUCUCUUGAAGCUUUUACGCCGUUACCAGACGGCCCCGCCAAAUACCAUCACCAGAGCACAAUCUUCGACAAAUGAAAAGAAGGGCCGUCUUCAGGACAGCUGAGAGGGAGUUACUAACAGAAUCUACAUAUAGAACUUUUGAAGUCGAUAGUACAGGAAAGUUCGGUCUUCAGGACAACAAAUUCUCAGAACUACACAAACGAACAUCCGAGAAAUGCAAAUGCAUCCUUCAUCCGGGGUCAUCCGGCAUCAAUAACGACUGCCGUAAGACACCGGCAUUGCUUCCGAUCUCAUCAUCCUGCAUACUCAAAAACGCUUACUCGAGCCUAUGGAUUAAUGCAUGCUCUCGUUACUGGUUGCGUGCCUACCACUUAGACGACCAUAAAUCCUCACCGCAGAAUCUACCCCGCAGCUUCCAGCUUCCAUCAUCAGCUUCAGAAAGCACGUUUUGGAUCCUUCUCCACGUUCGCUUCUGCUGGCUUGAUAUUGGCAAGCUGUCAAUGUCGAAGAUGUACCAGGUGAUCCAAUAGGCAGGGAGGGAACCAUCAUCUCAAGGAGAGGUGGCAUCUGCUUCGCUUGUUCUUUCUGCUUAUGUAUGUGACAGUCUCUUCGUUUGUGGCAGGAUGUCUUGUCUCCACUCAGUCAACAAGGUGUUGCCAACGACUGUU